ACUACAGCUCCCGGCAUGCCCGUCGCGCGGUACCUGCCCGCCCCCAGCCGCCGCGCCCGGAGGAUGCAGUCGCCGGGGCGAGCCGGGAGGAUGGAGGCCGGGGAGGCAGCGCCGCCGGCGGGGAUGGGCGGCCGCGCGCCGGGCGGCUGGGGCAAGUGGGUGCGGCUCAACGUGGGGGGCACGGUGUUCCUGACCACCCGGCAGACGCUGUGCCGGGAGCAGAAGUCCUUCCUCAGCCGCUUGUGCCAGGGGGAAGAGCUGCAGUCGGACCGGGAUGAGACUGGGGCCUACCUCAUUGACCGUGACCCCACCUACUUUGGGCCCAUCCUGAACUUUCUCCGGCAUGGCAAGCUGGUGCUGGACAAGGACAUGGCUGAGGAGGGUGUCCUCGAGGAAGCCGAGUUCUACAACAUUGGCCCGCUGAUCCGCAUCAUCAAAGACCGGAUGGAGGAGAAGGACUACCCAGUCACACAGGUCCCCCCCAAGCACGUGUACCGCGUGCUGCAGUGCCAGGAGGAGGAGCUCACGCAGAUGGUCUCCACCAUGUCCGACGGCUGGCGCUUCGAGCAGCUGGUGAACAUGAGCUCCUCCUACAGCUAUGGAAGCGAGGACCAGGCAGAGUUCCUGUGCGUGGUGUCCAAGGAGCUCUAUAGUUCCCCGCACGGGCUGAGCUCGGAGUCCAGCCGCAAAACCAAGAGCGCCGAGCAGCAGCUGGAGGAGGAGCGGCGGCAGGUGGAGCAGGUGCAGGUGGAGGCAGAUGCACAGGAGAAAGGUUCCCGUGCGCACCUCAGAGCCGAGGCCGCGCUGGCCGGGAGGGCUCCUCCUCGGCCCCUCGCCCGCCCCCAGAGCCGCCAUCCCUGCUGUUACAAGCCAGAGGCACCCGGAUGUGAGGCCCCAGAUCACCUCCAGGGACUUGGGGUUCCGAACUGAAAUCCUUUAUUUUUGUACCUCGGGGUGGGCCCCCGGCUCCAGGCAGAGGAAGCACCCUCCCCCCUGCCACUUCUGUCUACACCUGUGGGGCUUUGAUUUCCGCCCGCCUCUGGGGCCCUCUCAAGGCCCGAGGUGGGCCCUGGGACCCCUAGGCAGAGCCGCCUGUGUGUGGCCCAAGUGUGGCGCUGUCCAGCUGUGUUUCCCACACCCCCAUGGUCCCUCCCCCAGGUCCCCCAGCUGCAUGAACGAUACCCUCCCCCCUGACCCAGUCACAUCUCCUCCCUGAGCCUUAGUCUCCUCGUCUGUCAAAUGGGCUCACUCUCCCCGCCGCCACCACCUACCUCACAGGGUUGUUGUGAGGUUACAAAGAGGAGCAAGGUCCCAGAAAGCCCUGGGGAAGUGUACAAAGCACCAGACUGGAGGGUGGCCUUCCCUUCACCCUUCCCUCAGAGGGGGAGGACCUGCUCAGCCCCAGAUGGAGAUUCAGGUAUUGAUGGGGCGAAGGGUGUGGGGGUUGGCCUUGUGGGGAGAAGAGGGAGGGUGACCCAGCCUUCACCUUGGCUCCUCCCCACCCAUCCGCACUGCUGGCUGCAGAGGGCCCUGGCCAGGAGGGGCCAGGAGGGGGCAGGCGGGGGCUCAGCAGGGGCAGGGGGCCAUUCAGGAACUAGUGCUAAGGGCAAGGGGGACACUCCUCCCUUUGCCCGGGGGAGAGUCUGGGGGUAGCAGGGGCUGAGCAGGAGCCCCCUCCUGCAUUUAGGAUCCCCCGGGCUGUGUCCAACCCCGCCAUGUAAUAAAGCCUGAAGAAACAGCC